AUGAACCCGGAUCCUGAGGUCGCAGAUAAAAAUGAGACACCUAAGCCGUCUAGCCGUCCUCCGCCGUGGCCAAAUAGUAGGCCUGUCGGCUAUGGUUCGUUCUCGUGGGAUCUAAAUCACCAUUCUAUUGAAGGCUCACCACCACCGAUUCUAGUAAAAAGCCCACACCAGACAAAAGACUCAAAUGCGUCAAAAUCACAAGAUUUCGACGAGGUAUCCUUAACCAAAUCUUCACCUGCCCCGAUAUCUCUCAGGAAAGCAUACUUAGCGCCAGUAGGAUUCUAUUUAGCACAGUUUGGUUACGGGGCUGCCCAUUUAGCAAGUGACGAAAGACUCAGAAAUGCAACGCCGGGUUCAGAGAGCGGAGAUACUCCCGGAGUAUAUUCGCUUCCUAAAUCCUAUGGGAAAGACUUCAAGGUAAGAAGGAAGGUAGGGGCCGGUGCAUUCGGUGUAGUGGCCGUUGUACGGGUAAUUUCUGCGGGCGAUGGCGGUAUCGCACAUGGUUUCAGACUGCGGCCGGGCACAGAACUUAUAGCGAAGAAGAUCUCUGCUAACCCAUCGAGAGAACAUACGAUGUAUAGCAGGGAGUGGAAAAUAUUGGAUACCCUUCGAGGGCAUAGAAAUAUUCUCCAUGCAAUCUGCACGCAGCGUCCAAGGCCGGAAAAUCCUUUUGGGCAUAUUUUCAUGGAGUAUUGUGAUCUGGGGGAUGUAAGGCGUCUUCAAAACAAAUAUAAGGAUCGAUUCAUAAUGAAGAUGCGACAAAAUAAUUUGUGCCGAGCCUGGCUGCCCAAAAAGCUUCUAUGGUUGGAAAGAGUUCCCGGUCCCCUCGCAUACGAGAUCAUGACUAGUAUCGCCAGAGGCCUUGCAUGGAUGCAUUAUGGGGUUUGGGAUUGGCCACUUGAUAGUGCUAUCGAUCCCAGAUGGAUUUCGAUAAUGCAUAACGAUAUCAAAGCAGACAAUGUACUCAUGGUUUCCCGUCAACCGGGUGACGACUGCCCAUACCCCAUCUUCAAAAUAGGAGACCUUGGUGGAGCAACAAGACUCGGUAGAGUUGCUUUCGUUGGAAAUUCAGUGACCGCCUCACCGGAGCGGUUAAGAGGAUGUCUGCGCAUCCCAAGCGUCCCGGAAGACGACAUAUUUAGUCUCGGUGCAAUGAUGUUUCAAGUUGCCCUUGAUGUGUACCCUUUCAAAUAUGAUGAGGUACCAUCGAUACACUUAGUGCUCGGUGGUCCUGACGAAACUUUUGAGCCUACAACGUGCCCAGAGGUUUGCCGAGAUCCACAAUUAGAUCAUUUCAAAGCUCCUCGUUGCACAGAUGAUGGAAACGUUUCGAGGUGCGAAAUGCAAACACAGAUAAAGUCUCUGAAAUGGACAAAGUUGAAACAUCCGCCGCCUCAUGCGGAAUGGUGGCAUCAACUGGUUCUUCACUGUUUAGAAAUUGAGCGGCAGGAUAGACCUAACGUUAUCGAGGUAUUGGAACGGCUGUAUCUUGGGAGAAGAGGUCGGAGAGAAGAUAAUGUAGGCAAUCCUUUGGUAUUAUGGGACCCUUUUUGGCUGUCAAAGGAAGCUCAGGAGAACCUUAAAGCGAGAGAACAUGAAUAUGAUGCUAUAUGGCUGCAGCAUUUUGAGAAAUAA